UCCGAUGCAAAGCUAAAAAUCUGUUAUUAAAAGAUUUUUUUUUUUACAUGGUUUCUGCUAUUCUCUGUUUGUCUUUCACUGGAGACACUCUUACCCAGUCGUAUCCAUUAUUUCAUGCCAUCCACGUCCUCUCUCUCUCUCUCUCUCUCUCUAAAUCCUGCGUUUUCUUAAUUGAAUAUGCAUCAAUAACUGAUUGUCUGAGCUGUAUUCCCCUGUUUUUACUGUUAAUUUUCUUUUUGGGCUUAAAUAAAAAGUCAACCACCGAACCGCAUGUAAUAACCAUGUUUAAUGUUGACCCCCAGUUUGAGCCUUCAACAAACAACAAAGCCAGGCGCUACCCAUUCUCUCUCCAAAAAAAAGUUCCAUUGAAUUUAAUUUACAUUUUGGAAGAGAUUUUAUGAUUUUGGGUUCAUUUCAGCCUGUUUGUUCGAAGUCUCAACUAGGAUCUGUUUGUUAAAAUAGAGAGAUUUCAACUUUCACUGAGCAGCAUAAAGUUAUUUUUUUUUUCUUUUUCAGAAAAAAUUGGGAUACUCGGAAAAAUGUUGUCCAAGGAGAACUCAUGCAGUCAUUGUCUCCUUCGCUUCACAGUAUUGUUGCAAGCCUGCUAUAUUCUUCUGUAUACUCUUGGUUUUAGUUUAUGUAUGUGACCAAACAAAAAUACAAGCAUGGAGUUGAAGAAAGUGAGGUUUUAUAAUGAUGAAAAUCAAAGUUUCCGACCUUCCUGGGAGAAAAAUGACACCCAGAAAAACGUGGAAAGGCCCUUGUCACUGUACAAGGCAACGGCGCCUCUGAUUAAACUAGAAGGGAGUGGUACUGGUGAUAGAAACCAGAGUACUAGUACAACUUCCACGUUUGGGAGGUUAAAGGUUUUCCCAGAGAAUCAUAAGCUAUGGCAGAAACGAAUUCUCGAUCCUGGAAGUGAUAUUAUCCUUCAAUGGAACAGGGUUUUCUUAUUCUUUUGCUUGGUGGCCCUCUUUGUUGAUCCACUUUUUUUCUACGUUCCAGUGGUGGUGGUGAACAAUGAUAAUUCGUCGUGUAUGGCAACUGAUUUGAAUCUGGGAAUUGUGAUAACGUGUUUUCGGACUGUUGCAGACAUAUUUUAUAUGUUGCAUAUGGUUAUAAAGUUCCGGACGGCUUUUGUAUCGCCGAGUUCAAGAGUUUUUGGGAGGGGUGAACUUGUCAUGGAUCCAAAGAUGAUUGCAAGGUGGUAUUUAAGAUCAGAAUUCCUCAUAGAUCUCAUGGCUGCACUGCCUCUUCCUCAGAUCGUGAUAUGGUUUAUUCUACCAGCACUUAAAAGUUCCCAAGCUGAUCAUACUGACAAUGCCCUUGUACUGAUUGUUCUGCUUCAAUAUAUUCCCAGACUAUAUCUCAUUUUCCCGUUAAGUUGUCAAAUUAUUAAAGCCACCGGUGUAGUCACACAAACUGCUUGGGCCGGGGCUGCAUAUAAUCUCGUCCUAUACAUGUUAGCCAGUCAUGUCAUAGGGGCAUCAUGGUAUUUGUUGUCCAUUGAACGACAAGCAACAUGCUGGAAAUCAGAAUGCAAAAAGGAAGAUAGCCCUGUCGGAUGUGACCUUAGUUACUUGGCUUGUACAAGUUGGAACACAACCGAGUUCAGGAAAUGGGCAAACACUACUGCUGUGUUUAGUGGCUGCAAUCCAAACAACAGCAGUAGCGAUUUCAAUUUUGGCAUAUUUGAAAAAGCUGUGACAAAUAAUGUCAUCUCCUCAAAGUUUAUUGAGAAGUAUCUUUAUUGCCUAUGGUUUGGCUUACAGAACUUGAGUUCCUAUGGCCAGAAUUUAAGCACAAGCACAUUUAUUGGGGAAACAUCAUUUGCCAUCCUCAUUGCAAUAUUGGGUCUGGUUUUGUUUGCGCAUUUGAUUGGAAACAUGCAGACCUAUCUGCAAUCCAUCACCGUGAGAUUGGAGGAAUGGAGGCUCAAGCGACGAGACACUGAGGAGUGGAUGAGACAUCGUCAACUUCCUCGAGGCCUUAAAGAACGCGUCCGACAAUUUAUUCAGUACAAGUGGCUUGCAACUCGAGGGGUGGAUGAGGAGUCGAUCUUAAGUGCCUUGCCUACAGAUCUACGUCGAGAUAUCCAACGCCACCUAUGCUUGGACCUUCUUCUACGUGUACCUUUUUUCUCACAGAUGGACAAUCAGCUACUUGAUGCCAUCUGUGAACGCUUGGUGUCGUCCUUAAGCACUCAGGGAACCUACAUUGUUCGUGAAGGCGACCCUGUGACAGAAAUGCUUUUUAUCAUCCGAGGGAGGCUUGAGAGCUCAACGACAAAUGGAGGCCGGACAGGUUUCUUCAAUUCAAUUACCUUGAGCCUGGGAGACUUUUGUGGGGAAGAGUUGCUUGCUUGGGCAUUGCUUCCAAAAUCUACUCUCAACUUGCCUUCUUCUACAAGAACAGUUAGAUCCCUUGGUGAAGUGGAAGCCUUUGCACUGCGAGCAGAAGAUCUCAAAUUUGUUGCCAAUCAGUUUAGACGUCUCCAUAGUAAGAAGCUACAGCACACUUUCCGCUUUUACUCUUAUCACUGGAGGACAUGGGCUGCCUGCUUCAUUCAAGUUGCUUGGCGUCGAUACAAGAAGAGGUUGCUGGUAAAGAACCUUAGCAUGAUAAAGUCAUUCUCAUGUAGUGUUGACGAGCAUGUAGCCAGUGAAAACGAACAAGAUGAGGAAGAGCAUUCAACUGCACCUUCAUAUAAUUCACAGGCAAAACAGAACCUAGGUGUCACGAUACUAGCUUCCAGGUUUGCUGCAAACACGCGAAGAGGAGCUCAGAAAAUCAAGGAUGUUCAAAUGCCUAAAUUGCAAAAGCCUGAAGAACCAGACUUCUCGAUGGAGCCAGAAGAUGAUUAAGUUCAACUGCCUGAAGAACCAGACUUCUCGAUGGAGCCAGAAGGUGAUUUAAGUUCAACGCAGCUAAAGUAAAUUAUAUGACAGACAAUUAAGUAUCAUAGGUGGGGAUGGAAAAGAUGGCGAGGCUUCAAAAACAUCAUUGGAAGGACUGUAAAAUCCAUUCUUCUUACGUUAUCAUUUGUUGUAACAGCAGGUACGGUUGCAUACAUCCUUGUAGGGUAAAUUGGUCAUUGCCCUUCAAAAGCUGUUUCUUAGUCUGUACCUAUAUUUAGCAUGUCUUGUUGAAAGUAGAAUGUUGCCGCAGUUCAAGCAAACUUUACAGCAAAAGGGCAUCAAUUUGUGGUGCAAAACUGAGUUGUUGGCUCACUAGUCACUACAGAUAUGAAAGCUCUGCAUUUCUAUA